GGGACUUAAAUUACUGCCUGAAAGGCAACCUUGCCUCAGUCGCCAUUGAGAGCGAGCGCAUAUUUGAUAUUGUAGAUAUUAUCGGUUGAAGGCUAACCAGUGUUUACUGUUGAGGUUAGGAGAAAAGGACAGCACCACAUAACACGGCUUUAGGGCAAAUAGACGUAUGUGACAGGUUUAGAUUGUGUGUGUUUACAAAAACAUCGUUUCAUAUCCGUGUCUGACACUUUUUGCCAGGGUUCUUUGUGUGUCGACAAUGGUUUGUUUUUCUACGUCAGAAUCUCUCAUGAUGAUCGGAUCAUUUUAAAUGAAUGAUAGAGAUUUAGUCCUCCUAUUUAAAAGGGCAGAAGUCUGGUUGGAGUGAUUAAGAGCGCAAAGGAGGGGUUUCAACAUUUAGACAACAAGGAGUUUGGAAAGGAGAUGGGGAAUUGUCUGAAAUCUCCCACUUCGGAUGAUAUCUCCUUGCUCCAUGAAUCACAGUCAGACAGGGCCAGUUUCGGUGACGCCAACGAUCCGGAUCAGGAGCCGCCACCUCCAUAUCAGGAGCAGAUCCAUGUGCCUGUGUAUCACCCCACUCCCAGCCAGGCCCGGCUGGCAACCCAACUGACCGAAGAGGAGCAGGUGCGGAUCGCUCAAAGGAUCGGCCUCAUCCAGCAUCUUCCCAAAGGUGUCUACGAUCCAGGCAGUGACGGCACAGAGAAGAAGAUUAGAGAGUGUGUGAUCUGCAUGAUGGACUUUGUGUACGGAGACCCUAUCCGGUUCCUCCCCUGUAUGCACAUCUACCACCUGGACUGCAUAGAUGACUGGCUGAUGAGGUCCUUCACGUGUCCCUCCUGUAUGGAGCCUGUAGAUGCUGCCUUGCUCUCGUCCUACGAAACUAACUGACUAAUGCCUGCACUGAUCCCCGCUGUACACACACACACACAACCCUUGACU